GUAGCCCCCACUGAACAUUGAUAUAUUGCUGCUCAUCAGGUUGGGUGGCUGACAAACAAACACCUGCCUUUAAGUAAAGAUGAAUGGUGCUGUGCGUAAAAGACGCACAGCCAGAGGCGCGGCACAGUGAGACCUCGUCAAUGACUGAGUGCAUUUCGAUUUACGCAGCUCGGCGAGUAAAAAGUACACGCAACAUAAACAGAGCCCACCCAGCACAGGAGAGCCUAUAAAAGCAGGGUGCGUAUGCGCAAUCUAUGACCAACAGGAGACACUUGGAAAUUUGCGCCCUGGAGGACAGCUCGCCUCUCCGCGUUGAGAUGAAAGGGUUUUCACUGAACAAUGUUUGCCAGUGUGGCUUAUUUACUUAUCUUGUCUUCUUUUCGUUCAUAUCUUUUACCGCUGCAGUCAGUUUCGACCUGACUGAGCUUAGGAAUAAAGUUGCAAAAAUCAAGGUGAACCCAAGAGGCAAUCUUUGGGCUACAGGACAUUUCAUGGGUAAGAAGAGCGUGAUGGAUACCUUCCUGCUGCCUCCGGCUGAAGGGCAGGGCACCGAUGCGCUGGAAGUCACCGUGCCUGCGGAACAGAGCUCUCUCGGGGAGCUUCUCCCAGAGUUCCUGCGGGUGGCGUUGCAAGCGCAGGUGGAUACACAAGAGAGCCGCUCGAAAAAUCAGGAGGCGGACUUGUUGAUGAAGAUUUUAGAAAGUUACAUCCGAAGCAGAAAGUGAAGGGAUGGAAGUCUGGCACGCAUUAAGAUGGAUCCGAGGUCAUCUGGUAUAAUGGGUUAUAUAAUAAAUAAAUUAGACACAGUCUACAGUCUCUUGCUCAUCAUGAUUGUAAUUAACUGUAACUAUCAUACUUAGUAUACAGCUCAUGUUUCAUUUUCAAUACAAGUAAAGUUUUUCAGUUUGUUUUGAUGAUGAUAUUUCAUGUUGUUUUGUCGUCUAAAGUUAUUUAUAUUAAAUACAGUACUUAUUUGCAUUGCUGUGACUUUGGCAAAUAAAUUAGA